AUGAAUUCCGGAGGUGAAGAACCAACUAUAAAGCCAAAUGUAUUUAAUAUUACUCAACUUUUAAACUCAAAUGGUGAAAAACCGGGAAUUGCUUGCAUCUUCUUAAGUAAAUUUGACAUGAAAAAGGGAAAUAUCAUAAUAUGGUCUAAAAGUAUUAAUGGUGCGGCAAUUGACUUAAGCAAUAUUGAAUUUAAAUCGUUACCAGCCGGUAUUCACGAACAAACUGACGAUGUUGUCAAUUUUGUAGUUCCUAAAGAAUUAGAUGUCUGUCAAACUGCCAAGACGACAACUUAUGAUUACGGCAUCGCCUAUUUCAAACAAAAUUCGUUCGAUAUUAUUGAGAAUGACAAUCGUAUUGAUAGGAGUAAAGUUCAAAUGUUUUCUCUUGGUGUAAUUAUCGAUGUCCAAAAUGCCUCAUCAGAUAGUAAAAAGCACUUUUAUAAGGAAAUAUACCAUGCGUAUGCUGCCAACAGAUACUCAAGCUAUCUAGAAAGUUUACUCGGUCAAUGGAUAAGGCAGCGUGAUCUUGAUAAGUUUGAUAUUUUUGAAAAGUUUUUUGACGAGAAUAACCAAGGGCACAUGGCUGAAAAUUCAGUAGAAGUCUUUGAACAUUCACCCAAAGAAAGACGGCAUUUGGUUGAAUAUUUGCCAUACUGGACAAGGAAGUUAGGGCCUCUCAUAUUUCCACUUUGGAAAGCAAGUCUCCUUCAGUCAAGGAUAUUGAUACUAGUUCCUCAAGGAGAAUCGUUCGAAUUGUGCAAUUCUUUGGCCUAUUGUGUCUUCUUAAUAUCAAUGCUUCCAAAAAACUUGAUAGGAAACCAUGUAAGCGAUGAAUAUAUUAAGCCUAUUUUCACGGUAUCAACAUCAGAUAUUCCUUUUCUAGAGUCGUUCAAAAAGGGGAACGGUUAUGUGGCUACGACCAGCGAGGAAAUUUUGUUGUAUAAGCCUGAAAUUUACGACAUAGUAGUCAAACUUACUUCGAGCUCAACUAUAGAAGAAUCACCAGAAAAAGAAGUGGAAAUUCUUACCGCAUCUGGUGAACAAAACAAAGCAACUCCUCUUGACUUAGAGGUGUAUGAAAAACUUAUACUGGGGGAGUUACAAGAGGAUGCCUCUACAAAUGCGACAUGUCGACAUCAUGAGGUGACAGAACCCAUAUCAUGGCUACAGUUUUUAAUUGAUGGGUUUUUUCUUUUAACUACUGCAGGCUAUCUGGUAGCGCCAUAUCACCUUGCAAAUAAUUUCAAGAUUCCGAGGCACGUUUCUGGCCCAGAACCCAACAAUUCAGAAAUACAGAUCGCUGAAAAUUUAGUUCGCUAUUUUCACCGCAGAACAUCAAAUCUGUACAACGAUCUGAAGGAUGUCAUACAAAAAAGUGAAAAUAUUGAUUCAGAACAACCGAUUACUAUCGCAGCUUCAUUUUUAACCAAGUUAAAUUUGGAUUGCUUUAGCAAACAAGAUCAUCAAUUCGUCAAGGAUAUCGCCCUUAAAUGGUUCCAAAGAAGCAUUGAUAUUAGCAACCUACCAGAAUGUUUGGGAAAUCUCUGUUAA